ACACAACUUAACCUCAUUAUUUACUUUGGGAAUGCCGAUUUAUUAUAAGAAAAACUUAAUUUAAUUUAGUCACCAAGGUUUAAAAUAAUACAUAAGUAUGUAUUCGGUUUUACACAAAAAGGAUAAUGCUCAUGACGAAUGCAUUUGGAGUUGUUUCUGGGGAAGAUAUGCUCCGGAAAAAAAGAAAAAAUCCGAGGACGACAAUCAAGGAGACGACGAAAAGUCCAGAGAUUCAAUCCUAUCUGAUGAGCCUCCGACUGACUAUAUUGUUACUGGUGGAGUAGAUGAUUUAGUUAAAGUUUGGGAAUUGCAGGACGAUCGUCUAGUUCUUAAGCAUAAUCUAGAAGGCCAUUCUCUUGGUGUUGUGUCAGUAGCUGUCAGUCAUAAUGGCAAAUUAUGUGCAUCAAGCUCUCUAGAUUCAAGUAUGAGGAUAUGGGAUUUAGAGAAGGGUGAAAAGAUUGCUAAUGUUGAUGUUGGCCCUGUAGAUCUUUGGACUGUAGCUUUUAGUCCAGAUGAUAAAUACAUUAUUUCUGGAUCUAGAAAAAUUACAGCAUAUAGUGUUGAAACAGCUAAAGCUGAACAAACUUUUGAAACUCGAGGAAAAUUUACUUUAAGCAUAGCUUAUAGUCCAGAUGGAAAAUACAUAGCAAGUGGAGCUAUUGAAGGCAUUAUUAAUAUAUUUGAUGUAGCAGCCAACAAACUUUUGCACACCUUAGAAGGUCAUGCUAUGCCAAUCCGUUCUCUUUGCUUUUCUCCCGACUCUCAACUACUGCUAACAGGAUCUGAUGAUGGAUAUAUGAAACUUUAUGAUGUACGAGAUCAAAAAACCCGUUUGAUAGGAACAUUGUCAGGCCAUGCUUCCUGGGUUCUUAGUGUCGCAUUUUCUCCUGAUGGCAAGAACUUUGUUUCUGGUAGUUCCGAUAAAACAGUCAAAGUUUGGGAUGUCGCUACCAGACAGUGUCUUCAUACAUUUAAUGAACAUACAGACCAGGUAUGGGGCGUGACAUACAAUCCAGAUAGUAAUAAAAUUCUCUCAGUAUCUGAAGACAAAAGUAUCAAUGUAUAUACUUGUCCUGUUUAGAUUUAGUAAAUAUAUUUUUUUAA